GUAAUCGUUCUCUUCUAAGCACAAUUGGUUGGAAUAAAAUACCUUCGCAAUAUUUUUCAUAAUAAAUUCGGCACAAUGUGCGCCUAAAAAGUUUUUCAUUAGUUAAAUGGAAAAUAAAUAGAAUAAUCAAAUUAAAAAGUGAAAGAAAUAUUUCAAAAGUGCUUCAUUUAGGACUCCAAAACUUAAAUAUACUUAUCAAAGUUUUGAUAAUAGGCUUGGAGCUUAACUCAAGUGUUUGUGAAUCAUUGUUCAGAAAUUUUGUUAAAAAAAUAGAAAACAGGAACGAACAAUUCAUCAAGGCUAUAAAAUGGAUUUACAAAACCAAAUUUACGUUUUAGCAGGUGUUUUUGGAGGAGUAUCCCUUCUGCUAUUGCUUUUUGUGUCAUAUCUCAUGCUAAGUAUGUCAGAGAUGCAUUCCCGUAUAAAAUCUCGCGAUAGAUCAGAUAGAUCGGAUCGCAGGUCAAAGGAUGACUUUGCCUAUGCCAAUCCAUCCAUAGUCGCUGGUGAAGAGCUGAACCGUCGUGGCUAUCACAUGCAUGAUGCUGGACAGGCUGGACACAAUGAUGGACCAUCAGGUCUUGCUGCUGCAGCAGCAAAUCGUUUCAGAUCGCAGAUUUCUUCUGAUGUGGGAACAAAAGAUGCCUCACGUGAUUUUUCGAGUAUUUUAAAUAAUGAUGCCAUUAUCUUCGGAGGUGGAGAUGGGAAUUCAGGAAGGAGAUCCAAGUCGAUUCCAAUUCCACCACCACCACUUGGAAAGCCUUCGAAUUACAACGACAAUUUUUCUUAUAAUCAGAAUACUCCUGUAAAUCCACUAGGUCGCCAAGAUAGGGGCUACUUCAACUCCAGGGGCGGAGGAUACUAAAAACACAGUUUAAUUUACAUAUUCGCAUAUAUAUAUAUAUUAUAUAUAUACGAAUAAAGAGUAUAUUCUGAUAA